GUCCAGCGACAGUUGUUCGUGGACCUCGAAGGACGAAAGAGGUCGAAGAGGGCAUUUCCGCCUCCGCCUCCUCCUCCUUCUUUAUUAAAAUUCUCUCUCUCUCUCUCUCUGUCUGUCUGUCUUUCUAUCUUUUUUUUUUCACUCUUUUUCUUUCUCUCCAACUUUUUCUCUUGUCACGUUCCACGUUCGCUUAGAGUCAGUCGUGCGCUCGCGAGAUCACGAAAAAUUUCAACUGUGUGCCGUUCCAAUAUUGAAGGUCGAAGGAUGCGACGUUACCUCCUCCUAGGGAUUUUUCUGCACUGCUGUCUUCGAGAGUACGUGGCUGGCGCGUGUCCUCGGAUUUGUCCCCCGAGUGGUGAACCGGUAUGUGGAAACGACGGUGUCAUCUACGCAUCGCAAUGCGAAAUGAGGAAGAAGAUGUGUGGAAAAGGUGUCACAUUGGCGACAGAAAAAAUCGCGUGUCUAAGAUCGUCAGGUAGCAAAUGCGAGCACCGCUGUCCAAAUGAUCAGGACCCUGUUUGCGGAACGGAUGGAAGAACAUAUCUCAAUAAAUGCAUGUUGAGGGUGGAAAUUUGCCGGGUGGGAAUUGAACUCUCUCAUCUUGGACCGUGCAACAACAUCUCGGCGCACAGAGAAAAUUGUCCAGUUUCCUGUGAUUUUGCCCCCGUCGAUGGACCGGUUUGCGGAAGCGAUGGAAAUGUCUACAAAUCCACCUGCCAAAUGAAGCUACUCACCUGCGGACAGGGCGUGGUACGAACGAAUAAGAAACAUUGUCAGACAACGAGGCAUUGCCGAGAAUCAUGCUGGCGAGGCGCCAAACAAGCCUGUGGAAGUGAUGGGAUGCUUUACUCAAACACUUGCAAAAUGAGGGCAAAGAACUGCGGGAAACAUGUAUUCGAAGUACCAAUGUCCUUCUGCAUGACACGGGAGAGAAAUUCAGGAAGUGCCGCAACAGUCUGUCCACUCGACUGCAAAAAUGAACCAGAAGUGUCUGUUUGCGGAUCAGACGGACUUAUCUAUCGAAACGAAUGCGAAAUGCAGAUGCUUAAUUGCGGGCAAGCGAGGAGAAAAGUGAGCGUGGUUGAUUUCGACAAGUGCAAAACCCGUGUUACAAAGUGCAUGAAGCAACAAUCUCGAUGUUUAAAUGAAGUAGAUCCGGUUUGCGGAAGCGACGCAAACACCUACUCAAAUCAGUGUCUUCUCAACGUUGCAUCUUGUCUAAAAGGAAUUCAAUUGGCACAUCUUGGACAGUGUACGACCUUGAAAGAAGCAGAACAGUGCCCUGAAGAUUGCAAUAAUGUGCCAGAAGAACCAGUUUGUGGAAGCGACGGAAAUGUUUAUCGUUCCUUAUGUCACCUACAGCGUGAUACUUGUGGUCAAAGAGUGGUUCAAGUUCCUGCUCAGCAUUGCCGCACCACUGCUCUUUGUAACCAAAUCUGCAACGGGGAACGACAGUUUGCUUGCGGUUCUGACAAUAAACUGUACCGCAAUGAAUGCGAGAUGAAGAGGGACAAUUGCGGAAAACACGUCUACGUGGUGCCUAUACAGCGAUGUGUGCAAGGAUUCAUGUUCAGAGGAUGUCAAAAGAUUUGUCCUCAAUUUUAUGAUCCUGUUUGUGGAACCGAUGGCAAAACCUACACCAAUGAAUGUCUCCUCGAAAUUGAAACUUGUCGCACUCGACAUCAUGUGACGAAGAAAUAUCUCGGCGUUUGCGGUCAGCCAAUCGAGGAGCCAAAAAAUUAUUUGUAUUAGAUACGCUUGGCUGAUUAUUAAUCAUCUAAGUUUUGACCCACUGAAGCAACUUGAUUGAACAAGAUCGAUCAUCAAACAUUAUCUCAAAAACGACAAGUCACUUCGUCUCGAAUUUUUUUCUCACACAACGUCGUUCUUCAAUCGAGAUCUUUUAUUUAUUUAUUUUUUUUUUUUUAUUCGUGGAAUUCGAAGAAAUUUCUCGAAGCGAAUAUCAAAAUCGAAAAAAUUUAGUUUGUUUCUUAAUUCUAUAUAUAAAAAAAAACCUCGAUAGUAUUCUAGGAGAAUUUUCUUUUUUCUAAAUUCUUUAUAUGAUGUAAAUUUUGUACAAAUAAUUCAAAAUUUUUGCAAGGUUACAUUUGCUGGUAGUAGGUAAAAAGACUGUUUUUCCCGGUAGGUAUUUUUUCUUAAUUUUCUUUCAGUUGAGACAAAAAUUGGGAAAAGGAGAAUUCCUGCCCUUUUUGCGAAUUGAAAUGUUUCCUAAAGGAAUUGAAAUAUUGUCUAUUUUCUAGACGUUAAUUGGGAAUUUCAAUCAAAGAAUCGAUUAUAAUUUUUUUUCUCUCGAUUUUUAAAAAAAAGUUUUCAAUUUCUUGAAAUUGGGAUUUAAAAUUUAAUUUUUUGUUGAAAAAAAAUUAUAAUCGGUUCUUUCAUCGAGACCUUCAAUUGAAAUGAAAAUAAUUUUGGAUUUUAUUUACGAAAUCUGAUAACAUACUUUAGGAUUCAGAUAACUUAUAAUUUUCUUAAUAUAUUGUGUUUUAAUUUUAUGAUCGUACCUCCAAUUGACCAUUAGACAAUCACGAUGUGCCAAAAAGCGGUUCAAUUAAAAUUCGAAUUAGAAGGGAAGAAAAAGGGAGAAACAAAAAGUUAUAAUUGAUAACAAUUUUUGAUUAAACGAAUUUAAUAAUAUCAAUGACUUUAAAUAAAUGUAUCGUUUUCUUUUAUGCACA